AUGGGAGAGUUCGCGCAGAUAUUUCCUGUACCAAAUGCCUUCGUUUCCUAUAUCCGAGCUUUUGUCGAUGAGGACUUGGCCUGGAUAGUUGGAAUAUCAUACUGGUUUGCGUAUUCCACGGCGGUUUCUAUUGAAUUAAUGUUUGUAUUUGAGCUGCUACAGUACUGGAACCUCACUUCGUCUCAAGCGGCAUUCAUCCUGCUGGCGGGUUUUGCAAUAGUGAUAGUCAUCAACUUGUUCAACAUCAGUGUGUUCGGAAUGGUUCAAAGUAUCAUCGGUGUUCUCAAGAUGGCCUUAUGUCUCGGUGUGGCCGCUGCACUCUUCACUGUAGUCGCAAAAGAUCUUGGUGAUGGCUUCACCAACAAUGCCCAAUUUGCUUCAAGUCCUAUCAGAGCUUUCUGUUAUGCUUUUCCUAUGGUAGGAUUCAGUUACAUGGGGGUCGAGAGCAUAGCAGUCACUUUACCUGAAGCGAGAGAUGUCAAAUCCGUCAUGAAGGCUCAACCAUUUCACUGGGUAACAUCAGCACUCUAUCUCCUCGUCAGCUUGGGAGUUACCCUCGUCGUCUCUUGGAAUGAUCCCGGACUACUUUCGAUCUAUGACCAGCCAAUCAUCACUCGCGACGUCGACAAUAUCUCGCUUCUGACCAGAAGCGUGCCAGCUUCUAUCAGUGCUGCCGUUCUUGGUAUAUCUGGGCUUAAUACUGAUCUCACAGGAUUCGUCAACGGGGGUAUCAUCUUCAGCGCGAUUGGGGCCGCAAGCACCAACUUGUAUAUUGCUAGUCGAACGCUUCAUGGACUAGCAAACAGCCUCCAUGGUAACAACUCGUUCAGUAGACCGUUUCGCAAAUUCAUUGGCCGAGUACAACCGGGGACGAGCGUGCCGCUCAGAGCUGUCAUUGUCAGCGCCAUAGCCUUCUGCUGGUUGCCAUUCCUCGACUUCGGCAGCGAGACAUCGACGUCCAAUAGAAUUCAAACAAUCUUCAUGACAUUUGCCGAAGUCUCUGUGAUAAUGGUUUGGGCAUUCACAUGCGUGGCCUUUAUCCGUUACUACAUGUGGUACGUCUCUUAG